UAUGGCUGCCUCCUUGGUGUGCUGCUGAGGGGAAUUUGGCUCUCCGGGACAUUUUCCUUCAGCUUCCCCAACCCCGCUAUCUGGGGAACUUGUCCGCGAAGAGGAGCUACCAGCUGCCCGAGUCGGGGAACAUGAUGGGUCGGAUUGGGCGCCCAUCGUUGCAGCCGCGCAGAAAGCCGGCACCUCCGCGGGGGUAGGACGAUUACUCCCCUCUGGCUGCACGCUGUCGAAAACGGGCCCAGGAGGGAGAGUCUAUCUCAUCGUCUGGUCCAGAGUGAUCCCAAGGGGUGAUCUUGUCGGGGGCGAGCUGCUUUCUCCUGCCUACUUACUAAGAAUAGAUACAGCCAAGCCUGGAACAGAGAGGUGCCUACGGCCAAAUGGUUCCUUUCCUUAUUUUUCGCUAGUUCUGCCUUAAACGGGAGAUCAAAGUGCAGCCUCUCCUUUGUAGCUGUACUUUGAAAAGAAUCCUGCGCUCAGAUUCUUCGCGUCUUAAUCCAGAGCAAAGAUCGAUUUAUUGAAGUUCAGUGUAUUCUAACAUCCCAUCAAAACAACAAAACGAAAUCCCUGUCUUAACGAGAUUAUAUGUUGAACAGCACUACCACAGUUGCUUGACAAGUGAUCAUUUAUUUGACUCUCCAACUUGGAUAGAACUGAUUUCUCAACUCCUGCUUUGCCUGCAAUUUUUCUACAGUAUGUAGCACAAGGCAUCAACUUUAUUCUGAACAAGAGAGCCAAGUGUGGUAUCACUGCGGCUUUUAUACUUUAUCUGUGAUUCAAGUGCUCUGCUACAUAGCUAGUUGCAAGCCAUGUUUUCUGUCUAAAAUACUUUUGGACUUAUCAUAUCAAACUUUGUUUCAAGUACGUAUUGCCUGAUAGUCUUCUCCUAAACUAAAUCAUUGUAUUGUGGGCAAGAACUUUUUCAAUAAAGAGAGUUAUCUGUGGUCACCCUAUAUCUCUUGAAUAUUGAGAUAAUACUGUCCUAUACCUGAAGGAUAAAAAACAUCCAUAUGCACAUCUGUGACUCAUUGUUUCAUCUAGACAGCAAUAAACCAUUGACUGCCAGAUAACUGUCCCUUAUAUAGUGAUUAUAUUACUCCCUGAGAUUACCCAUUCUGUAGAGGAAUUCCCCAGCUGCUGUGCAGGGAGCAUUGUCAUACAGUUUAACAGUAACAUUCAUACAUCUAUUUUUGAAAAGAGUAUCUUCUCAUAAAAUUUAAAUCUUAAACAGUAAUUACUAGAUUUUCUUGUUACCCAGUAACAUUUUCUUGGAGUAGUGAUUUUUCUCCACUGGUUACUUUGAUCUCUACCCUUUUGAUGGAGUCUGAUAUGCUGCAGUCACCCCUCCUGGGCCUUGGAGAAGAAGAUGAGUCAGAUAUGACGGACUGGAAUUUGCCUUUGGCCUUCAUGAAGAAGAGGCACUGUGAGAAAAUUGAGGGCUCCAAGUCACUGGCUCAGAGUUGGCGGAUGAAAGAUCGGAUGAAGACUGUUAGUGUUGCCUUAGUACUGUGCCUGAAUGUUGGUGUAGAUCCACCUGAUGUGGUAAAGACAACUCCAUGUGCUCGUCUUGAAUGCUGGAUAGAUCCUCUGUCAAUGGGUCCACAGAAAGCUCUAGAAACCAUUGGUGCAAAUUUGCAAAAACAGUAUGAAAAUUGGCAACCAAGGGCCCGGUACAAACAGAGCCUGGAUCCUACAGUAGAUGAAGUUAAGAAACUGUGUACUUCAUUGCGUCGAAAUGCCAAAGAAGAGAGAGUCCUUUUCCACUACAAUGGACAUGGUGUCCCCAGGCCAACAGUGAAUGGAGAAAUUUGGGUCUUUAACAAG